UUCAAACACCCAGUCUCCGGAGAGUCUCUCACCUGACCAGUUUCGCCAGCGUGACCAGCCGCGCACGUCGUAGUCAGCUGCCACACAGUGCGCCGCCGCACCACAUUAGAACACGAACCGCAUAUUGACCGUGCUAAACCGCGUUCGCAUCAUCUGAUCGUGACAACGCGGUGUAAUAAUUAUUGUAAUCUCGUAGUAUUAUCGGACGUGGUACGAGCGCGUGUUCGUUUUUUUUUUAGUCGCCCAUCGAUUCCAUACACGCGGACGUCCGCGCGGGUUUUCGUCGAGACGCGACGUUAUCGUUUCCGGCCGCCGCCACCGAGUGUUCCGGCCGUACUCCGGAUAUACGGAGUGUUAUGCGUGACGCGACAUGAACAGAUACUACGAGGCGUACCCGAAAAGCGGCGGAACCAUGCUCACCCUGCCGCCGCCGCCGUUGUCCGACCCGUCGGCCACGUGGAACUCGUACAGCUCCGAACCGGUCAAGGGACUGGGCAACCGGAUCAAGCCGGACCGUAAUCGGCAGGCGGUGAACGUGCAAAAGAUGCAGUGGCGCAACUCCAACUGGGUGGACGGGUUUCCGGAGCUGGUGAGUUCGAUGACCAUUGCGGACGUGAGCCCGCGGUUCGCGGUGAAGCGCAUCCUGCUGCUGUACGAAAACGCCCAGUACAGGGAAGCGGCCAACUUCGUUAACCGGCUCAGCCACAACACGUUCAAGGCGAUCCUCGACCAGCUGCCCAUCGACCUGUUCGUCGAAGCGAUGCCACACAGCCUGUCCAUACUGGAGGCCCUGUACGCCAAAGUGUUUCUGUCGUCCGAUUGCGGCGUCAAGGUGCUCCGGCCCGAACACGUGCUCAUGCGGCUGGUCAAGCUCUUCACCGGCACCGCGGCGGGCGGCGCGGAACGGUGGUUGGGCAGCACGCGCAAGCUGCUCAAGGUGAUCGUACUGUCCGAGCCCAAGCUGCGGAAAGCGCUGCAGGUGCGCCGCCGGUCGCUGGACAAGGCGGUCGAGGGCCUCGGCCAGCACGGGCUGGUGGGCACCAGCGACGAAACGCUCACCAACCUGCACGACGCGCUCAAGGUGGAGUUCCAGAAGCUGGUGGACACGUACAAAUCGGCCCUGCUCAAGCUGGAGGAGCUCAGUCUGUCCGGAAAGCGGGACGGCGUGAGCAAGGGUCCGGCGCCGGUGCAGGCGUCGCAUCAGCGUCAGCUGUCCCUGCAGCAGUCCGACAUCCAAGAGCGACUCAUCAAGAACAAGACGCUGCUGAACGUCGUUGAACCCGUUUUGGAGAACAAGUCGAUGGCUAUAUUGUUGACCAUACUCAAGCGGCGGGUCGAGUACGAUAAGGACGCGUUGUUCCAGUUCACUCAGCUCCGGAAGGAGCUCAAAGUCGAAUCGGAACACGUGGUGGCGCCUCUUCUCAUGAGAUACUCGCACGCUUGUGAACAGGUUUUGGAGUUCAUGAAGGAGGUCGCAGAGGACGAAGAUUCUAGCGAUAUAUCUGGCUACCAUUCGGACUCAGACAGUGCCAUAAUGAUGUCGGGAAAUUCACCGUAUGUCACCAAAAGAGCCAGACACAAUUUCAUUUCACGAUCAGUGCGGUCGAGCAGCAAUCACAGCACUCGCACUAGACUAGUAAUGAGCACUGGAUCAAGUUCGGCAAGUCCUCCUGAUGGCGCAGAGUCGUCUACGACAGCGACACCAAAUUGGGAAUGGUCAACCGAGAAAUCGAUGAAUACGUUGACCUGUUGUCGUAAGUGUGGACCACAGACUGCAUUACAAUUGCAGACCGUUAACGACGAUCGGGAGAAAUUGGCCUUGCAGACGGAGUUGGAAGCUACAAAAGUCGAACUAGAAAGGACUAAAGCUAAACUUGAGUCUUUAAACAAAGCUACUAAACAGGCACAGUCUUCUAAGGAGUUGAGUGGACCGAGAUUGGUAAGAUGCUAUGGUAACCUGUAUUCACAAGCCCGCGUGGAGGCGCUCGAAAAAUUAGACGUGUUACCGCAACUCGCCGACGCCACAGAGCUGAAAUCCAAAAUCCUCUUUUCCGUUGUCGUCUUGGCGUUCAGGUCCACCCAAGCCAUGUUGAACCAAAAAAAAGAACAAGUGAAGCGGCUGCUGUUCUAUCCGACGCCGUCCGGUUCGGCACACGUCGAAUUGGAGGCUUCCAUCUGCUCCUAUUUGAGGAGGACAGUGGACACUUUUGAUUUGACCCAGUGCAUCGAGGAAGUAAGCUCUCAGCUGUGGGCGACGUUGUAUGACUACCCGUGUCUAAAAACGUGUGCCGGUCUCCAUCAAUACAUCUGUGACGCAGUACGCUUAGCUUGGGCACUAGUAAAUCAGACACCUAGCUUUGUACUGGAAUACGAACAGAGAUCGUUUAAGCGGGAUUUGCACGUGAGAUAUCAUUCUUCAGAUUUGGAGAGUAAUCAAGUUCGGACUUACCUGUGGCCCGCAUUGCUCGAAGGACAAGCUGGACCGUGUGUACACAAAGCAGUAGUACUUACUUAAAUCAUAUUUUUGUAUUUUUUAAGAAAAUGUUGUUAAAUUAUUUAUUAUAAGUAUAUGUACAUAUUAAUGUGUUAAUGUAUUUAGUUGUUUAUAACUUUAUAAGCCCAUUUACAAAUCACGAUGGAAGUAAUUAUAUAAUUUUUUAUAUAAGCUAACAAUAUAUAUUUUUUUUUUAUACGAUAGUAUUGUAUAAUUAUACGACUGAGUAUCUUCUGAACUAGAAUAUAAUAUAACAUUAAACGUGGCAUUGUAUACUUCAAAAUUUUAAUAUGCAUAUUGUACAUAGUGUAUACCUUUUUUUUUAUUAUCACAACUCAUUUCAGAAACAAAUUUAAGCAUAUAAUUUAUUUUUUAUGGU